GAAACCCACCCACCCACCAAAAAAAAAAAAAAAAAAAAAAGAGAGAGAGAGAGAAAGAAAAAAAAAUUCUGUGGCGCGCCGCCUGGUUCCCGGGAAGAUUCGCCAGCACCAGGGGGUGGGGGAGUGCGAGCUGAAAGCUGCUGGAGAGUGAGCAGCCCUAGCAGGGAUGGACAUGAUGCUGUUGGUGCAGGGUGCUUGUUGCUCGAACCAGUGGCUGGCGGCGGUGCUCCUCAGCCUGUGCUGCCUGCUACCCUCCUGCCUCCCGGCUGGACAGAGUGUGGACUUCCCCUGGGCGGCCGUGGACAACAUGAUGGUCAGAAAAGGGGACACGGCGGUGCUUAGGUGUUAUUUGGAAGAUGGAGCUUCAAAGGGUGCCUGGCUGAACCGGUCAAGUAUUAUUUUUGCGGGAGGUGAUAAGUGGUCAGUGGAUCCUCGAGUUUCAAUUUCAACAUUGAAUAAAAGGGACUACAGCCUCCAGAUACAGAAUGUAGACGUGACAGAUGAUGGCCCAUACACGUGUUCUGUUCAGACUCAACAUACACCAAGAACAAUGCAGGUGCAUCUAACUGUGCAAGUUCCUCCGAAGAUAUAUGACAUCUCAAGUGAUAUGACCAUCAAUGAAGGAACCAAUGUCACCCUCACUUGUUUGGCCACUGGGAAACCAGAGCCUUCCAUUUCUUGGCGGCACAUCUCCCCAUCAGCAAAACCGUUUGAAAAUGGACAAUAUUUGGACAUUUAUGGAAUUACAAGGGACCAGGCUGGAGAAUAUGAAUGCAGUGCGGAAAAUGAUGUGUCAUUCCCAGACGUGAAAAAAGUCAAAAUUGUCGUAAACUUUGCUCCUACGAUUCAGGAAAUAAAAUCUGGCACCGUGGCCCCUGGACGCAGCGGAUUGAUAAGAUGCGAAGGCGCAGGUGUGCCGCCUCCGGCCUUCGAAUGGUACAAAGGAGAGAAGAAGCUCUUCAAUGGCCAACAAGGAAUUAUAAUUCAAAAUUUUAGCACAAGAUCCAUUCUCACAGUUACCAAUGUGACCCAGGAGCACUUCGGCAACUAUACUUGUGUGGCUGCCAACAAGCUCGGCACGACCAAUGCGAGCCUGCCUCUCAACCGGUCUACUCACCUGACAUUUCCUACACCAUCUUCUGUCUCCAUCCCACACAGCGUUCUUUGACGACUCCCUCUGGAUUAGGGCCCAGGUAAAAUAGGCCUUAGCUGUAAUGGUCUCUCUUGUUUCUCCUCAAUAUGAGCAAAUCUUUCCCCAUUCUGGCCUCUACCCAUACCUGUUUUAUCCUUCUACACAGAAACCUUGUUCAUUUUUCCUUCACAGAAGACUUUAUUGGCCAAUUAAACCUGACUCUAACUUUAGUGUGAAGAAAAGGGGACACCUUUGCAUUCUGUGCUGUAAGAGAGAUGCCCUACUUAAAAUUUUUAAAAUUCUUGAAAUGCAGCAAAGAAAGAAAACUGAAACCAAAUAUUUGCCUCCAAAUUCAAAUAAGUAAAAUCAGUGUAUCCUACUAAAGUAUAUAUUUAGUUUUAACUUCCAGGACUUUUUCAUGGUUGGCCCCUUCUGUCUUGUUAGGGUUAAAGCAGGGGUCUGCAAACUGCUGCCCACAGACCAAAUCCAGCCGUGACCCAUUUUUAUAUGGCCCUGCACUAAGAAUGAUGUUCACCUUUACAAAUGAUUGGAGAAGUCAACAGAAUAAUAUUUCAUGACACGUGAAAAGUAUGUGAAAUUCAAAUGUCAAUGUCAAUAAUAAAGUUUUGUUGGCACACAGAUUUGCUCAUUUACUUAUGUAUUGUCUGUGGCUACUUACAGCCAUAGUUGAGAAGUUUCUAAGGCGGUCAUUUGGUGCACAUAGCCCACAGUAUUUCCUCUCCGGCCCUUUACAGACAAAGUUUGCUGACCCCUGUUUAAAAGCAUGGACUUAGUUAGACUAGAGAAACCAGGGUUCAAAUUCAACUCUGUGACGUCCUGGCAUGUUACUUGAUCUGGAGGAUAUAAUACCCACCUCACAGAAAGUACUGUUUUUAGGAAUAAAUGAGAGGAUGCACAAAGACCACCACAGCAAAUUACCAGAUAGAGAAUAACGUUACAUAAAUGCCUUUAUUAAAAGUUGGCUAAGGAAUUUACUACUAAUUGCUGCCUUCUCUGUGCCUCAGUUUCUUUAUCUAUAAAAUACAGAAAAGAUUGCAAAAUACUUUGUCCUACCUUGUUGAUACAUUUUUCUAAUGACAAAAUAGCAUAUUAAAAAUUCAAAUACCUCAAAACGUUAAAGGUAUCAUUAGAAAUCCCUUCAUCUAAAUGUCUAUAUUAGUUUCCUAGGCCAGUCAUAACAAAUUAUCAUACACUGGGUGGCUUAGAAUGACAGAAAUGUAUUUCCUCACAUUCUGGAGCCCAGAAGUCCAAAAUCAAGGUGUUGGUAGGGUUAGUUCCUUCCGGAGGCCCUGAGAGAGUCUGGUCUCUGCUUUUCUCCUAGCUUCUUGUGAUUGCCUGCAAUCCUUGGUGUCCCAUGGCUGAUGGCAGCAUAACUCCAAUCUCUGCCUACAUUUUCAAUGGCCCUCUUCUCUGUGUGCUAGACAUUGUGUUAAAUUAUGGCAUGUAUUUUUAUGAUUUGACUUAUUUGUAGACAAAGAUCAGCAGGUAGGUAGUAUCAAAACAUGCAUAAUAAAAAAAUAUAGAAAAGUUUGAAGAAUUAUAUAAGUCUGUUAAAGAGGACACUCCUACCCGAAGUGUUCCUAAGACCACUAUUUUCUCCUGCCUAAUCUGCUCCCUCAUUGCCCCCAGUAGUAUUCUCUCGGUUUCAACAUCUCUGACUUCCACUUCAUCCAUCAUAUUUAUUUCACGUUACUUUCCUUCCCUCAAGCUUAUGUGUUGUUUCUUUUUUCUGUCUCUCUAUGUACCUGGUGAAGAAAGUGAAGAGUCAGCUGGAACACUGCAUGUUCCUGUCUGCAUGCCAGUACUUGUUGCUCUGCCCUAUUUAGAGGGCCUGAGUUCUCGAUAAGGAAAUAUGCUCUGCACAGAGACCAGGACAAUGUUGGCAAUCAUAGGGAGAGACAUUUAUUUUCCCUGCUAAGCAAAUAGCUUAUUACCGAAAAUCACUAAGAACUGAGUUGAAGUCUGUAUACAAGAAAUGACAUGAAUCGUAAAAGCCUUAGUCAGGCUUAAGCUAUUGUGUAUAUAUACAUAGAAGCAUGCACAAGCACACAAACCCCAGCUGUUUAUUUUUUCCCUUUCUUUUCUUUUGAAUAUGCCUUAAUUCUCUAGUAACCCCAAACCAAAGAUUAAGUCAAGGAGAAUCUUAAUGAGAAUCUGAUCAACCCUGUUUCUGGCUAGAAUUCAUAGAAAGCUUGAAGCAGUGGAAGCACGCCUUCCUCCCAGGAAGUGUCAGGGACUGUUUUCUUUACCAGCAUUGUAUUCUACCUGGUUACCUUUCAAAAAUGGGCCACUGGCUGGUGUGAGGAGAGGAUCUCAAUAUUGAUUCUUCACCUGAAAAUACCAUGCAAAGUUUGCAUGCUUCUCUAAUGAUGUCUAGUUGACAGGUACUCUUAGCUUCCCUGUAGAGAUAUUGUGACAUGUAGUAGAAAUAGAGGAACCCAAACUGGGAAUCAGGAAAUCUGGGUUUUAGCCACAGCUCUGCAAUAAGAUAGCUGGAAAGUCACCUAAGGUCUCAGGGCAUGGGAAAAGAUUAUCUCUAAAUGCUUUUCUAGCUCUAAGUCAAUGAUUAUAUGAUCUGUGAGUUCCAGUUUUAUCCUUGUGGGACUUAGUUAUAAAUAGUCUAUCAUAUCCACGUAUUAUUUGUUGUCUUGGCAAUUUUAUGAAAACUAUUGGUAUCCAGGGUAGAUAAGACAUAGUUGUUCAUAAAAUUUUUCCUUAUUUCUUUGAACAAAAGAAAACAGUGAUCAAAUUUUCAAGGUUUUUUUUGUGCCUACAGCACCUCUUUGUACUUGUGAACGCUAAGGGAGGAGAGGGAGAUAAGAGAGAAAAUAUGAGUAGAGGGGGCUCUGGGUUUUGAAUUAUAGAAAACUGAGGUGCUGAAGAAACACAGCUUUCAUUUUUCUCUGUUUCUAGAGUAAAAAAAUAAAAGUAAGAGACGAUGACACAGUGGGGCAAAUAAAAACUGGUGGAUUCACUAGUUACCACGUAUAUGAUCUUGAGGAAUUUAUGAGACCUAAUACCAAGUUCCCUAAUUCUUAAACUUUGGAAACAGAAGUUAUGACUGUGUGGUGAUGAUCACAUAAGAAGAUACAUUCCCUAGCAAGGAGCUGGUCAUCCUACAACAGUGCUUCUCAAACUUUAGAGUUUGCGCAAAUCACGGGGAAUCUUGUUAAAACGCAGAUUCUGAUUCAAUAGGUCUGAGCUGAGGCCUAAAGUUCUGCAUUUCUAACAAGCUCAGGGCUAAUACCAAAGCUCUGAGUAGCAAGGGUCCAGAUCUUGAAUAAACAUAGAGGGACUUUUUGCCCUUCCUCUUUCCCCCUCUGAGCAUAAGUACAUAUUUACUUUGAAAUGAUAGAUUGGAAGCUUGGUUUUGUUUUUUUGUUUUCUUUGUUUUUUUCUGACCAGCAUGCCUGUUCUUUAUAAUAGUCAUCUAUCACCUAUAGUCAAGACAAAGGACACCAAGAGUGUAUCAUUUUCAAGUCGUUUUAUGUCAACCUGUUGAGACAACUCCCCCAGACUUUCACUCAGCACUGUGAUUCUUUCUUUCUUUAAGCCACCACAGCCAGUUCUCAAAUGCUAAAAAUGAUUGAUUAAAGUCAUCAACCUCCUUUACACUAGAAAGACAGUGUUUCCAGCCAGAUUCUAUUCCUUUGAUUGUUUCAGAUUUCCCUCUGUUAAUAAAAUGUAACAAAAAAAUAAAUAAAUCUCUCUCCUAUAUUCCUCCAGGCUUAUGGUGUUACUAUUUUUGAUGUUCUUCUAUUUCUCCAAGUGAUAGCAAAAGGCCUAGCAACCAUUUACUUGUCUUUCUAGUUCUUUCAGUAAAUAGUGGAAGAUAGUUUACUCUCCUUCUGUACAAUUAGAGCAUGUUUAAAUUAUCCAUUUAAGCUUGGUCUGUAAUUAAAAUUAUGUAGGCAUUUAGGACAUUAUUCUGCAAAAAUGCUCUGUGGGCUUUCUCUGAUCUAGCUUAUAGAGUCCAAGUGCAAAGCCAAAUAAAAACAUUGAGAGAAAAAUCAACCAUAUCUUGAGUUCAUGAACUGGCCAUUUAUCUACCAGCUCCCAGGCAAAAGCUGUAGAUAUGUCUUUCCAGGAGACUAUCUCCCAGAGCCAGCAGGAAACCUGAAAUCUUCCCUUACUGUACUUAAAUAGAAGGUUGUCCUAUAUCUUUCUAUCCCAAGAUGUUGCAUGGAGCAAUAGUGCUCUAAAAAACAAACAACAAAGAAAGCAAUAUCUGCCUGUGGGAGAGUCUAUUAUUCUUCCUCACACAUAUUCACGUCCCUCUCUGUAAGAGGGUUACACAUCUCUAUCAGUGUCUAAAUUGUGUACAAGGCCUCCCUCCUACUGACAUCAGUAGCUAUUUGACCUGCUUUGGCCAAUGAAAUAGCAGAAGCGGUGUACACUACAUCUGAACAGGAGCCCCAAGAACUAUUAAUAACUCUGUCUCAGCCUUUCCCUCUGCCAUGAGAAGGGCAUGAGCCAGAUGGGAGAUAUGCCUUGAACCUGGCCCUAGAACAAAGAAGACAUAUGAGGAAGGAGCAGAAUUACAGUUGACCUAUAGUCAACAAGGUCAAGAAAUAAAUUGUGUUGUUGGAAUCACUGAGAUUUUAAGACUGUUACCACAGCAUAACCUAGCAAAAGAUGAACAAAUAAGUGUCAUUACACCUAUACAAAUGAUUUAAAGGAAAGGAGAAUGAAGCCCUCAACUAUAGAGUAAGAAAUGAGCUAAAUAGCCAAGUAAUUUUCUACAGCAGUUUUUAAAGGUAAGUGAAAACUCAAAAGUCACACUCUGCCUCGUGCCUUAGCAAAUCUCUACUGUAGAGGUAUACAGAUUCAUCUGGAUUCUAGCGCUGCUUACUUGGAAGUGCCUGCUUUGAAUUCUGAGAAGGGACUGUCGAGAAAGAAAACCCAGAUUAUUAAUAUUUGCAGAUGUGUGACGGGAGUAAUGGUAAGCACUGCAAUAUGUUUGAAAUCUUUUUUCUAAAACCAGGAAAAAUACCAAGAUAAACCUGAAGAUUUAUGCGCAGUAUUUUAAAGAAGGAAAUAAGAUUUUUCUAGAUUCUAGGGAAAAUUCAUGCUUCCAAAUGGGCGUCAAGAUAAGAGAAAAGAUAACAUAGCAGAGUAAGUUCUAAUGAGAAAGUUUCCUCUUGUCACUCUCUCAUUUUCAUCAUCCUCAUUAUCAUCAUCAUUAUUAUUUUAUUAUUUUGCCAAAUAAGCUAUAUGAUUUAUUCAUGAUAAUCUGAAUCAAACCUUUGGCACCUACCUUGUAACUAGAAAGCUUUUCAACCACAAGGGAAUGAAAAGAACUUUAAUAAUUCAUCAUUAGUAUAUCUUUAUGCCUCCAUUUCACUUCAGUCCACAAGCCAGCAGUAGAACAGAUUCAAAAAAUGACCUCUAAAGAAGGAAGUGUAAUUACUCAGAGUCAAAAGUAUGGUUAAUCAUAUGUUUUUUUAAACUCUAGCUAAAAUGCAAUUUAACAGUCUCCUACAUCUCAGUGAUUCAUGAAUGCUAUGUUUAUGCAUAUUCAUGAAAGAAAGACUUAAAAAGAAUAUUUUGUCACUUUUUUCUCUAUUUGAUAUAGGCAGAACAGAUACUAAAAUGACACCUUAGCCAUCUGUUCAACUCUGAAAACUCUAGAACACAACGUGAUUGGCCACACAGGACUAAGAGUCUGUGCUUUUAGGGUUCAUGGUCACCUUUAGCUAUCUGGACACCAAAGUGUAUGGAGAAACGAUAUAGAAAAUUUGGGGCCCUAAACAUUUCUAUUUCAAAUGACUAUUUGUCUUAAUAGCUACUUUAUUUUCGUUAUACAAAAUGUUUAGCAUUAUCUAUUCAAAUUUGGCUUGAGGUUGGUAUUUAUAUAUUCAAGUGAGCAUAUAAUUUUAUCUAGUUUGGUAAGUCUCUUCUGUUUAUCUUUAUGGAGUAAAAGAUAAUGGAACCAGUGAGUGCAGAAGAAGAAAAGCCCUUUUAAAUAGUGUGAUCACAUAGUUUAUCAUCCAAAUUGGGUAACUUUUGAGAGUAAAAAGGGGCCCUAUUAAAAAUUAGAUAACGAUUGUCUUAGGCAAAUCAGGACAUAUAAUCACUCUGGCUAUGGGAACAUUCGGAAUAUAAAUGCUGAAUCAAAAUUAAUAAGACCAUUGAUCUUUGUCAGAGGCCUGCUUUACUCAUGUUCACGAUAAACUUCUUGAACUCACUCAGUCAUUACAUUGGCUAACAGGAAGGUGGGCUGUUGAAAUGGCUCAGUGAGAUGUAAGAGCUGCUUGCCCAAAGGUGUGCUCUCAUGAUCAUGGACAAGAUGCGCUAAGGACUUUGUGUACAGCAUAUUAUUUUGUCCGUACUGCAACAUUAUGGCAUAGUUUCCCAUUUUAUAGAACAUAAAAUUGAGAGUCAGAGGCAUUAAAUAACUUGUCCAAGUCCAUGUAGCUAGUGCAAAGUGGAGCCUGAUUCAAACCCAGCUCUAUCUAGCUGGCAAAAGCUACACUCUUUUUUAGAGCUCUUGAGAUUUGUCCAGCCUUCAAGAGCCUAGGAGGCAAAAGUCAGGAGAAUCUUUCCUGCUCCAGAAAAUAGAAUGAAUAUGAAGCUCACCCUUUCACAUAGCAUCAAAUCUGUUCUCAUUUAGUGGCUAUUAGAAUCUCGGCUGAUCCUUCAUCAGAACCAAAAUGUUCACCUUCACGAGACACAAAAUGUUGAGUUUGAGAGCUAAAGGUAAAUCUGAUCACUUUAACAGAAAUCCAGUGUGAUCUAGUAAAAAGAAGGUGGACUCUGUGCUCAAACAAUUUCGGAUUGAAAUCUGGUAGGUGACUUUAAGAAAGUUGUUCUGCCUCUCAGAGACUGAGUGCCCUCAUCUGGUAGUAUUUACUAUACAGAACUGAAAGUGACAAUAAAUUACAUAAAAUAUAUGAUGGAAAUUUAUACAAUAUCUAUCACAUAUUAAGAUCAUACAUAAUGAAUGUUGAUUUUGUUACUUUUCCCCGUGAUAGCACUGAAAGAAUUCAACAUAGAUAAUGGGAAAGGUAAGAAAUUUGAAAAGGAAGACCUUGGGUUAACUCCUAGCUCUGCUAUUUAUUAGCUUUUUAGCCUGAAGAUAAUCUUUGAAACUCAAUUUCCUCAUCUUUAAGUGGAUAGUGUAAUAAUAGGCACCCUUAAUAUCUCUCAGAAUAAUUAUAAAUUGUAUAUGAAUAUUCUUUAUAAAAGUGCCUGGGAAAGUCAUAAGUGUGUAUAAAAGUUUUUUCUAAAUAAUGGCUUCCAAAUAUAGUUAUCAUCAUCAUCAUCAUCAUCAUCAUCACCACGGCCUCUUUGUGACCAGGACAAUAUCUGUGUAGGUGGUAACCAUGAACACCGGACUUCAAGUAGAGGUGAUGCAGCUGGUCUUUGGACAACACUUUGGGAGUCAUUGGGCAGAUUAUAACAGGCAAAAGGGGAAUGCUAGAAUCUAAGGUUGAAAAUGUGGGUUCAGGCUGAGAUCUUGGGAGUCUUUUGAAAACCAAGAAAUGUGCACAGCUUUGGAAUCCCUGAAGAUUUUUGCCAGAAUGGUAAUCUGAACUAUAUUGUGACUGAAAGGAUAUUAGUGUAGAAAAGUGUGUACACUUGUUGGCUUUUUGCUGAGUGUUAGGUUCCCCGCAAAUAGCAGGAUCCAUUCAGAGCCAAUCGCAGUCCAAACUGGCAGGCACUUCACAGGCAUGUUUUAGGAAUUUGAUUAAAAGCUUAAAGUGUUGCUAUUGUUUUUGUUUAUUUGUUUGUUCCAAAAUACUUUGCUGGGAACUUUGGGGAUGAUGGAACUAUUCUGCAUGGUACGUGGUAGUGGGUGCAUGACUCUAUGCCUUUGUCAAAACCCAUAGACAUGUACACCAUAAAAAGUGAACUUUAUUGUACGCAAAUUUUAAAAAAUCGAAUAAAAUGUCAGGGACACCCAAGAUGGAAUGCAGACUGUGACAAAUGAAUCUAACUGUGUAACAAAUUAAUCAUAUAACCACACCAAAAAGAGUUAAGAAGAAAGGAGCUGAUCUAAGGAACUUUAUAAAAUUGUCUUUUGAUUUGAUACUGUAAGGCUAAAGAUAAAAAUGAACUGUACUUUAGUUAAGUUAGUUUCUCAUAAAAUUAUGGUUGGCAAUUCUGAAACUAAUGUUACAUAUAUACUAGGAUUGAACAAAUAAGUAAAUAUAGAUAAUGAGAUAAAGUUUUCCCAUGGUCUAAGAAAGAAACUACAAAUAAGCAAAGGCAAAAUGCUAGAAUUAACUGUGAGGUGUUUGAUUAGAGUUGGAAAUAUCAAUAUGAAUUCAUGUUGAUUUUCAUCUAUAUACAGAUAUAUAGGGAAAUAAAAUUAGACAAGUGUGUAUACAUGGGUUAAUAUACAUGCAUACCUUCCCUAACACUGUCUGCUGAGAAGCCCAGAAACACUGACAGCCCGGUAGCAAUGAGCACAUCCAGCACCCAGAUCUUGGUUUCUAAUACCAUUCUCCAAUAAGAGCAGCCAGGUGUUCUUGAAGAAGUGACUGAUUCUAGGACUGGGCAAGGGCAAGGUGAGUCUGAAUAUCUUGUGGUGCCAAGAUGCAAAGAAGUGCUGAAAAAAAAAUGCAUGAGGGACAUGUCAAAAGGAUUCAGAAACUACCCCAAAGAGCUCCCAGUGACUAAAAUUGGAACAAUUUGAGCUGCAAAAUAAAUAUUGAUAGUACUGAAUUGUAACGCAAAGAAUAAAGUAAAUAUCCAUGAGUCAAUAUUGAUAUAAAUAAAUGAUUUGGUACAUAUAUAAAGGGGGAGGAGCAAUCCUUCCUUACAGAAGAAUUCAAAGUAAUAAAUAUAGGAAUGAGGGAAAUAGAAAACUACCGUCAAAACACCAUAGUAAUGAUUGCUGUAGGUGAGAUCUAUUGAUUUAUAUUAAAAUAAGUGGGACAAUUUUGAAAUAGAAACAGGAUAUUUGCAUAUCCUCAAAAUAUCUCCUCCCAAAUAUGUAUUUAUUGUUGUGGUGAUUUUAACAUAUGUUCACAAAUUCUUUGCUAUUCCACCCACUAGAGAUAGAGUUUAAUUUCUCUCCCCUUUAGUAUGGACUGGACCUAGCAACUCACUGCUAAUGAAUAGAGCGUGAAAAAGGAAAAGUAGUAACUUGACAGUAGAGAAACAUGACAGAAACUAUCAUAAGCAAGAAAUUAAGGUUGAUAUCACCAGUGAGAAGACAUAUUGAUAUAAUGUACUGCUGAUAUGAUAGGAAGAGAAGGGCAUAUCAGCUCUGUAUUAUUCAUUCCCCCAAUCCAUAAAUUCAAUCUAAUCCUGAGAAAACAUCAGAGUAACCAAACUGAGGGACAUUCUGCAAAAUGCCAACCAGUACUCUUCAGAGUGUCAAGAUAAUGAAAGACACCAAAUAUUUAUCACAGUUGGGAGGAGACUAAAGAGACGUGAGAACUAAAUGCAACAUGGUAUCCUAUAUUGAAUUCUGGAAUAGAUAAAGAACAUUAGUGUAAAAACUGGGUAAAUCUGAAUAAAAACUGUAGUUUAAUUAAUGAUAUUGCACCAAUGUUAAUUUCUUAGUAUUGACAAUGUAUUGAUUAUUGAUAAUUGAUAUUUGGUAAUUUUCUCAUGAUUACCUGAAAUUUUACCCUUAGAAGAAGCUGAGUGAGGGGUGUAUGUGGACUCUGUUCUAUCAUUGCAACUUCUCUAGAAGUCCAAAAUUAUUUUAAAGUAAAAAGUUAAAGAAAAAUUGUCAACAUAAAAACUUUGCCUUGUUAAAGUGAUGAGCAACUUAAUUUAGUCCAAUGGAAUUAAACAAGUAGAAAUAUGUUAUAAAUAUUUGCUUUCUCCCUAAUUUUGAUUUACUUUUUCCGAAUGUUUGAUGUAAUUUUCAAAGCAUUCUGAGCUUGACAUUUCCUUUCUCCCAUACUACCUGCGGCUAACAUUUGUCUGGAACCGAGCAAAUCUCUCAGACUUCACUCUACUCAGAUAUCAGCAGCUCCAAGUCCUCACAUGCCGACUCAAGAUUUAGGACUCUACUACCUUCCUAUCCCCCGACGAUCUCUCUCAGUUUUUUUGUGCAGUCCUCAAGGUGGUUGUUUCUCAAAUGUGCCUUCCUAAAGGCAUUUAUGCUUUCCAAAAAGAAAUGUGAGAGAUGAACUAUAUCUACCUUAAAGAACUAAUUCUUCAACUACAAAGUAUCAGGCUUCACAGUGUUUGAGUGUGUGCAGUGGGGAAAGUCUGUCCUGAAUUCCUUAAAUCAAUCUAUAGAAUGUUUCUAAAACCAUUCUAACUCAUAGAUUUCCUAAUUCAAGGGCUUUUCAUGCUGUUCAAAAUGUGCUUUCCACAUUCCCAUUCAUUUCAUGCAAAUUAAAAAUUAUACACCUGUUGAGGUGUUUUCAUUUUGCUAUUUUACAUAUCUGUUGUUCUGUGACCCUUCUUAAUAGGAAGAUUUGUCACUAUAUGUAGUUGUAAAAAAAGACAUGAGAAGGCCUGCCCCGGUGGCCUAGUGAUUAAGUCCAGCGUGCUCUGCUUUGGAGGCCCAGG